AUGUCAUUGAUAUCAGCUUUCCGUCCGCCGUCCACACGGAUCUCAUCGGCCCGUCGCAGAUCACGGUCACAACCACGUCGACGAAGAAGAACAAGCAACAGUCAACCUGUGGAACUUGAUUCCGAGGGUCAUCUCCAUGAACAAGAUGAUGCCCAUUCAAUCAUCACGCCGUCUAAGCAUACUCCACGGCCCUUACGGGUGCUGCGUGGUUCUGUGGCGGCCGGUGGUCCUCUACGUCCAUUUCGCCUAGUAAAGCAAGAUAUUGUCAAUCUACGCCGACGAUGGACAUCUGAUUGGACUGUGUUCAAUCAACUUAUUUUCGCCAGUGCUGUCUACGUCUUCUUUACGAAUCUUCUGCCGGGCAUUACGUUCGCUAGUGAUCUCUAUGUGUUGACGGGUAAGACUUGGGGCACUAUCGAGGUGGUGUUUAGUACCGGAUUAUGCGGCAUCAUAUUCUCAGUGUUCUCGAUUCAACCCCUCACCAUUCUCGGCGUCACUGGCCCGUUUUCUGUCUUGGCGGAGAACAUCUACUCGUUGUGUGACGAAGUGUUUCAGAUUCCAUUCCUGCCAUUUAUGGCUUGGUCUUUGAUUCAUUCCGCGUGGAUGCACUAUGUCUUGGCGAUAAUCAAUGCCCACGACUGGACCAUGCGUUAUGUGACGACAUUUGCGACAGAGAUAUUCUCGCUUCUUAACAGCAUCAUUUAUUUCCAUAAAGCCAUCCAAGAGCUUGAGAGAGCCCAUGAAAGUCUCUCCUUUGCCGCCUUUCUCUACGCCGUGAUUGGUGCCGUGGGCACAAUGCUACUUGCCAUCUUCCUUUCUACAGCCGAGAGCUGGAAACCUUUGUUUCAUCGAUAUAUUCGUCUCGGCCUCACGGAAUAUGCUGCCGCUAUAUCCAUCAUAAUAUUCAUUGCUCUACCUCAUGUUGGCGAGCUGGCCCACCUGGACAAAAUGACGCUGGCUGUCAGCGACUCAUUCCGGCCAACCUCCCCGGAACGAGAGAUAUUUUUCGUUGAGUUUUGGAAACUACCAACACAGUGGGUCUUUGCAUCUCUUAUCCCUGGUUUGAUCAUAACUGUCCUAUUCUUCUUCGAUCAUGAAGUUAGUUCGAUUAUCUGCACGAUUGAUCGAUAUGGAACCCGCAAACCAGGCGGGUUUGCUUGGGAUAUCGUCCUACUGGGCACGACUACGGCGCUAUGUGGCAUUCUGGGCAUUCCACCUUCAAAUGGACUCCUCCCCCAGGCACCUCUACAUUCAGAGUCCUUGAUGCACACAGAGAAAGAAGAGAAAAUUAUCAUCGUGGACGGCGAGGAAAAGAUCGAAAGACGCGAUGUGAAACGAGUAUACGAGCAAAGGUGGUCCGCUUUUCUCCAUUCUGGCGCUAUUCUCUUGUUUAUCAGUCCACCUUUCAUGAAAGUCUUGGGCUUGACGCCUACCAGCGUUCUAGCAGGGUUAUUCCUUUUCAUGGGCGAGCAAAGUUUGUCGGUCAAUCCAAUCUUAUAUCGCACCUUCUACCUUCUGACUCCGCCAUCUGAGCUUCCUCCACUUCCUCAGUCCUUGCAGAGAAGCACUCAGCCAAGAUCCACUGAUGACCAAGUGACCCCCACCAACCCGUCGUACCUCCCGAUACAUCUUUACACGAUCCUACAAAUUGUCACCACGGUAAUCAUUUUUAUUGUCACACUCACUCGCGGGGCCCCUGCUUUCCCUGUCCUCAUCAUUGCUCUUGUGCCGUUUCGUCUUCUAGUUAUGAAGCGAUGGUGGCCUCGUGAAGCUCUCCGCUUCGUCGAUGCAUGGGCUUGUCGCGAGGGCACCCCAGAAGACGACGAGGAUGCCCAAUUAAAGAGAAAUGAGCAGACACCUGAAGAGGGGUCGGCUUUGGGUGAAGACGGUGUUCUCGAGAAUAAACUUUCGCCAAAUACCGAAAGAAGGCCCAACUCGAACCGUGCUAGUGGAUUUAGCGUUGAUAUUGGAGACCGGGGGGGUUUGGGGCAUGACUGGCGAGGACGCAGAUCACGAAUGGAUCGGGCUAGAGGACCGAGGCCUUCCUGA